GAGCGUCAAGAGUAUGAGUGCAGAGAAGGUGGGCACACGUUGCAACAGAAGCACCUCGGUCUUGGCCGCAUACACACAUGCCGGCCGUCGGCGUGUCUGUCUGUCUGUCUGUCCAGAUGUUCGCUCCGCCAUCUCAUCUCCCACACGGCAUCCUUUCCCAUUAGGGCCGUGCCGUGCUAGUGGUAUCGCAAGAAAGUGGACACACAGACCGACAGCAUCUCUGAGUCUCCCAUGCAGUCUCUCCCUCCCACACAAACACAAAAACCCACCCUUGCAGCCUGCCGACCGACCGACAGACACAAGGUCAGCUCAUGACGACAGACACAGACGGGUCAGGUGAGGCAGAGAGGAUGGAUAUGGAUGCCCUCACUGACUGACGUGGAUAAAGCAGCCUGCCCUGCCCUGUAUGCACUGCACUCCAUGCCAUGCAUCCAUCGAUCGCAUCAACCCAACCACCAACGUCAUUCAUUCGUCUCAGUCAGGAGGCUUUGCAGACCCGUUUGUGGAACUUCCAGUCCUUCACCUGUUUGUUACACACACAUGAGAUGAGGACGACACACACACACACACACACGCGCGUGGAUCAGAUCACGUUCAUCUAUCUCAUUUCCCACCCACCAGCCACCAGCCACCCACCUGGCAGUCUUUAGAGCAGUAGACGACCCGCUUGCACCUGGCACACUGCUGCAGCCUCACCCUGUUGACCGAAUCACCACCAUCGCCCCUGUCAGCGCCUCUCUCCCCCUCUCCCGCCACCUCCCCGUCCCCGGCAGCCCUUUUACCGCAGUUGUGGCACUUCUUCUCGGCCGGUGCUUGUGUAGUGUCAGGUUGCGGGGCGGCGGCGGCGUGCAGCUGCUGCAGUGCGUUGCUGAUGUUCCACCGCCCCCUGGACUCUGGAGGGUUCUCGAGCAUGCGCUCGUAGUCGCGCUUGUCGAAGCUCUCGCGGCGGAAGUCCAUCUCGUCGUCGAAGGUGCUGCUGAUGAAACAGUCGCCCCUGGACACAUCACAAAUGCAGCACACAUGACGUGACGUGAGCAGAGAGAGAAUGGUGCCUGCCUGCCUGCCUGCCUGUCUCUGUGUGAGUUGGGGGGGAGGGGGGAACGCACCCACCCACCUGAUGUCCUCCGACGUGAUGCGCGACGCCCGUGCGUUGACGGGGAGGUCCUUGAUGCGGCCGAUGUCGUCGAUGUACGCGUUGAUGCCGAUGUACCCAUUGGCCUUCAUCGGCAGGGUCAGAGGGAUGAUCUGGUAGUUGCUGGUUGCCUCCACCAGCCGAUCCAUCAUCUCAGAGUCAGCCAAACCUCGCGACGAUGAGCCGGUGGCCUUGUCCUUCUCAGGAGCAGCUGCUGAAGCCGCGGUCGUCUCGUCGUCGGUCACGUCGGUGAUCUUGCUCUCGCCUUCCCCUCCCCCUCCCUCUCCCUCCCCCUGGCUGGGCUUGUGACGCCUCAUCUGCUCGUCGAUUUGGUCCUGGAUGCUCUGCUUGAGUUUGGGUCUGUCGCUGUCUUUGAGUGCGUUGCGCUGGAAGUGCUCCCGCAUGCAGUUCUUGAAGUCGCCCUCCCUGCCCGAGAAGGCACGCACUUCCGCCUGGCUGUCGAUGUCCGCCGGCACAAAGACGUAGGUGAACCGGGAGUGGAAGAUGCUGUCCAUGUCGUCCGCGGAGAUCAUCGUGAGAUGAGCUGCGAGAUCUUCCACAAG